AGCCAGCAAGUCACAUUCAAGUGUAUGAAGGUAAAGCUGAGGCAGGAAUCUUUGAAAGUCAGCCCCAAAUUAAUCCAGACGUCGUCAGAUCAGUUGACAGCACAAGUGAGCCACUGCCUGAACGAGGAACUGCCAAAAAUAUUGCAUCAAAAUUCAAGCAAUUGGAAAGUGGAACUGGCAGUUACACUGGAUCUUCACCUUUGAAAAGGGAGAUUACUCCUGACAGAGCCACUGGGAAGGUUGAAUUUGUCUCUGAGCCAACAGCAACCAUUGAGAGGUACGAAGGAAAGGCUGAAGCAGGCAUUUUCGAAAACCAGCCACAAGACUACGAGGGCGUUGUCAAAUCUGGGCAAGAGGUUGAAGAAAUUCUGCCAGAAAGAGGUUCAGCUAAGAAUAUUGCUCAGCGCUUCAAGCAGAUGGAGAGCUCACCAUCCUCUGCAGCAAGGGGCAAAAGGGGAGAUAACUCCUGACAGAAACACAAGAGGAGAAUAUGUUAGCGAGCCUAGAGCUCAUGUUGAGAUGUAUGAGGGCAAGGCAGAGGCAGGAGUCUUUGAGAACAGGCCAGCUGAACGAUCUGAUGUCGUGAGGAGUGAAGACAUAUUAGAUGAACCACUUCCUGAAAGAGGGUUUGCCAGAAAUGUUGCUUCCAAGUUCCGUGAAAUGGAACAUAACAUGAAGUCCCCUCCACCUACCCCAAACCGAGUGAAGGAAAUCACACCACCCAGAGAGGGAAUUUCGAGUGGUGUCUACGAGAGUCAGCCCCAAACCUCACCUGAUGUCGUCAGUGAGAAUGCCCAAGUUGAUGAGAUUGUUCCAGAAAAAGGUUAUGCCAGGAAUCUUGUCUCACGAUUCAAGGAGAUUGAACAGGAAAACAGCAAGGUAGCAGUCUCCAACCGUAGGGGCAUUACUCCACCACGAUCUGAAACUGGUGUUUUCGAGAACCAGCCACAAGAAUUUAUUCCCCGACUACAACCAAAAGAUAGAUAGUGGCAUUGCUGAGAACAAUCCUGAAGUCCGAAGUGAUGUUGCCAAGGAAACUGAUCCUGCAAAAUAUGGAGAAGAACUUCCUGAACGUGGUACUGCCAGGAACUUGGUGUCCCACUGGAAGCAAGUUGAAAGUCAGAGUGGGAAACAGAGUCCUGGUUCUGGAGUCAGAACCAAGGAGUUCACCCCUCCCAGAGAGGAAGAGCGUGUGAAGGCACUCCGAGGCCAGCUCUCCCCGGGGGCAGGUCAGUUCGAGAGUGUCAAUCCUAACGACCUGCCAGGCCAGUACCAACAACAGGUGGAACCAGGCGUGUUUGAGAAUCAGCCAGAGGUACGCACAGAUGUUGUCAGUGAAGCACAGACAGAUUGGACAGAGGGUAUGCCAAAAGAAAAUGCUGCCAAGAAAAUGGUAGCCAAAUUCAAGAACAUACAAGCUGAAGCAGUGAAAGAACAACCAAUGCCUGUCUCUCGAAAGGAGGAUGGCGAUAGACAAUCCCCUGAAAAUGAAGUGACACAGGUUUGUCUGAGUACCCCUUCCGAUACAGACUCAAUGACGUAUGAUAAUGGUGUGCCUGACGAUGCAAAAGAAAACCAGGAAGCAGCAACACCGAAAAAAAAGGGUGGAUUUUUCAUUCCAACGACGCCAGCGGACAAAUGCGGGGCUUGCCAGAAAACUGUAUAUGCAAUGGAGAAAUUUGAGAUGAACAAAGUGAUAUACCACAAGAACUGCUUUAGAUGCACACACUGCAAAUCAAAGUUAACGCCAAAAACGUUUGCCGCCAAUAAUGGUAUCAUAUACUGUACCAACCACUUGAUGCAACUUUUCAAGAGCAAAGGAAAUUAUGACGAGGGCUUUGGCCGAGAACAACACAAAAAGAGGUGGCAAUCAGACGUGAAAGACGGUGAACAAGAGCAGAGCUAGACUAGACACACUUUGUAGCUUCUCACCUACUGAGCCAUACAAAUGGACACUUAUUUUGUACAAACUACUAUUAUUUUCUGUGGAUCAUGAACGAGAGUAGCGUGCAUGAACUCAAGUGCAUUAUUGGUUUAGGACUCGCCUGUGAGACCAGAAUGCAUUGUGAGAUUGAUGGAAAUGCAUGGGAGGGAGGUGUAUCAUGGGAAGUAAAAUGCAUUAUGGGAAGGAAAUGGUGAACUGUAUUUUGAGAUCACUGAACAUUUCAAAUAAUCUGCUAUCUUCUUGUUGAUUGUGCUUCAAAGCUUUUAAUAAGGACGUAGAUAAGGUGAUUAGAAGUUUGAAUGUUUGACAAGCAAAAGGGUAGAUUUGUCCCUUGCAGAAUGAGGAUUAUCAGAAAUGUAGUGGAGACGAGCAAAAUGUGUUCAUAAUACAUACCAUGUUUCGGAAGAAUAUUCAGCUCAAGGAAGCAAAGGCAAUAUAGGCUCACAGUCCCAGAGCAAUUCGAGGAGUUUCAAUUUAUCUUUGACUAGCUGAGGGCCUCAAGUGUACAAAUGCAUCAAUUUGGUACUCAUCGAGAAAUGAUAUUCACCAUAACAAAGCCAUUUUAUCAUAAACAGUUUUUGAUUAAUGUUUUUUUGAAAAUGCUUCAUGUAAAUACUUAGGUAAAAAAUAUAUUAAAAAAAAAUAUGCAAACAAGUUCUUGAUAUUAACGGUUUGUGUUCUGAUAAACAAUGACCAAGGCAAUAUCUGCAUGCAUUACUUCCAGGAGACGUUUUGUAAGAGGGCUUUCACUGUAUGCUGUAAUUACCUACUGUAGCUAACUAGCUCCUGUGUAUUUUGUAAUUGUUCUGAUUUUUUAAAUCAAGCAUAUUUUUCAUUUUAUUAAUAGUAUUAUAUUUUAGUAUUAUUUCACCUAGUACUUGCUCAUUUCGCAUGAUAUAUCUAUGUACAUUUCUAAAUUGACUUGUAUUGUCUUUUGAUAUUUAUAUGAACUAUGUAACAAUUUUCAAUUUUGCUCAAUUUGAAGUUUGAAAAAAUUGGAAAGAAACCAUUGUGUAUGAUGUAUAUUGUUGACUACUUAGCCUGCAGUGUUUAUACUUGUCAUCUUGAACAAAUCUGAGAGCAUAAUUGACCUUGAUUCAGCUGCUAUGUACAAUGUCUGAUGAGCACAAUAGACCAUGUUACGCUUAUUUUCAAAACCUAGUGCUAGUAAUAUUCAACUUUUCGUACAACUAUGACUAUUUAUUCAUACUCGAUUGCAUGAUUUAAGAUCUCUCUUCAGUAAGCUUCAACAAGUUUUGAAAAUAAAAAUAAUCGAAUUUGCA